AUGGCUUUUUACGGUGCAGGAUUUGCUCCUUAUGGUAGCGGCUUCUUUGGUGACUCUGGUUUAACUGCUCGUUUUGAUAAUUACUUGGGUUGGUAUGAACGACAUAAGCACGGUGCUCAUUCGGCAAGAGUACUAAGUCCAGGUCAUUACUCAAGUUCUAUUCAUUGGGGUCCACCAAGUGUAUAUCCAGCACCAGCAUUUGAUCCAGGUUUUGGUGGUUAUGGUUUCUAUGGUUGGUAA